AAUUCACCACACUUCGAAAUACGUCAAAAUCUGAUUGACUUUUUGAGCUGGACAAAAAUAAAUAAACUGAUAAUAAAUAAAAUAACAUUCCUAUUUGUAAUAUUCUUUAUAGUAUCAAAUAAUACGGGAAGCAAUAGUGACAACAAUUAAAUAAUUUUAAAGAGUCCAAGCGCCACAUUUCGAAUUUCAUUAAUUAAGGAAAAAUGUUGAAGCUUGCAAAAAAUUUGCUGUUGAGUCUUUAUAUGCAGUAUGAAUUGGUUACCUGCAUUUAUAUGUUUGAGCCCUGGGAGAAGAAGCUGAUAAACAGUUUCGUCCUGCUCACGCUCAGCCUGGUCGUCUUCUCAAGUUUUGUUUAUUUGCCGUCAUAUAUUGAAACAUUCCUCCAAUUUGUAUCCCCGCUGCCACGAGAAGAAGGUCCUGUGCCUUAUACACCAAUGUUGCAUACUGAAAAAAUAAGCAUGAGCUAGAGGGAUCGGAGCACAGGAUAUAACGCACAAUUUGAUAAUUUAAUUACAAAAGUAAAAUGUUGUAUGUAUGUUUAUUUAUUGAAGAAAUUCAAAUUUAAUAUUUUUUUGCUUAAAAUUUAAAAACGAAAUACUAUACUUACACGUACAUGUGAGUAACAUUUAGAAAAAGACUUACAGUUAGCAAAAUUCUCAAUAUGUAAUACAUAUAACUUUUCUGCAAUUAAUUUUUACCAAUUUAAUAUAAUAAGCUAUAAUAGGUGCUUGAGAUAAUAUCUUUGCAAUAAAAGUCGCAUUAAGUUGUGUUUUAAUAA